AUGGAAGCAGAAGCUUGUUCGGCUAAUAAUGGUAUUUCUUACUCGGGCAUCUGUUCUGGUCCUUCAAAUAUUCAAUGUUGUAAAUCAGGAUCAUUGCCAGUUGUAGUUCCCAGCAAGCCAGUCAAUACAAUGCUUACUGAUUUAGCUGAUAUUCUUCGUGGUGCUGGUCUCAAUGUGGUUGAAGAAACCGGAUGGAAAACACGUGGUCACGCUGUAAUGAGUUCAGUGAACGGUAUCAUUGUACACCAUACAGCUGGUCCAGCAACAGGCGAAUAUCCAUCACUACGAAUUGUUCGAGAUGGUCGUACUGAUUUGCCAGGUCCACUUUCACAACUUGGACUCGGUCGUUCCGGAACUUGGUAUGUGAUUGCAGCAGGAAAAUCUUAUCAUGCUGGUAGCACUAUCAAUGAUGCGAUUUUUGGCAACGCAAAUGCAAUAGGCAUUGAAGCUGAAGGAACUGGCCUUCCAGCUGAUAACACUGGUCAUGAAAAUUGGCCAGAAGUUCAAUGGCAGAGUUAUGUACGUGGUGUUAAAGCACUUCAAGCAGCUUAUGGUGUGCCUACAUCACAUGUCUUGGGACAUAAAGAAGCAGCAGUACCGGCUGGUCGCAAAAUCGAUCCAAACUUUUCAAUGGACGAGUUUCGAGCUGCACUUGGUUGA